AUGGCUCUUAACUCUCACGAUGUCCAAAAAGUGGACUCCUUUAUAAACCGCGAACCCGAAGUCCGCAUCUGCUUGACUCCAAUCGCACCACCCGCCGCUCUCGGCCUCGCAGGCUUCGCAGGCAGCACAUGGAUAACUGCAUCCUGGAUUGCUGGAUGGUGGGGCAAUGAAACCUCUCCAACCAUUUUCUUUCCAUUCGUUGCUUUUUGGGGCGGUUUGAGUCAGUUUAUCGCUGGGUUAUAUGGGUUCCAUGCGAGAGAUACGCUGGUUAGUGUGAUUAACACUAUGUGGGGUGCUUUUUGGAUGAGUGAGGGGUUGAUGUUCUUGUUGAAUACGACUGGAGCAUUGCCUGCAGGUGAUAUUCAUGCUCAUCUUCCGGAAUUGGCGUCGUGGUUUGUGGUGUUGGCUGCGUUUACUUGGGUCGGUGCAAUCGCAGCAACCGCCCGUGACGUUAUCCUCGCGACCCUCCUCUUCGCCCUCGCCAUCGGCACAACAAUUGCCUGCUGCCUGUUCGCAUACGGAAACGGUGUGGGCGUCGGCAUUAAAGUAGCCGCGUACUUCUGGAUGUUUUCGGCAUUGCUUGCUUGGUGGCGUGUAGCGGUAUAUUUGAUUGAAGAGGCGUAUGGGCCCAAGAGCGGGAUUGCGAAGUUCUUCCCUGUGUUCAGGACUUCUACGGAGAAGAGUGCGCCGAUGGUCGUGCCUGGCUUAGGCGAACCUGGUGUCAAGAGAGGUAUGCCUGGUGUCAUCUAG